UGCAUUUUUACGCAUCACACCGACUGAACGCUCAGCCCAUAGAAAUGAGGUUAGUGCUGAUUUUGGGGAAACGCACCGACUAAAGAGCGGACAGCAGUGAAGACGACGACAGAACAGCUCUGCGCUCGAAUCCACAGCUCGCCAUGAGGGAAAUCGUUCACAUCCAGGCCGGACAAUGCGGGAAUCAGAUCGGGGCCAAGUUCUGGGAGGUGAUAAGUGAUGAGCACGGCAUUGAUCCUACCGGCAGUUACCAGGGCGACAGCGACCUGCAGCUGGAGAGGAUAAACGUCUACUACAAUGAGGCAUCAGGGAGCAAAUAUGUGCCUCGUGCCAUCCUGGUAGACCUGGAGCCAGGAACCAUGGAUUCAGUUCGCUCUGGCCCCUUCGGACAGCUAUUCAGGCCUGACAACUUUGUAUUUGGUCAAAGUGGAGCAGGAAACAACUGGGCCAAGGGGCACUACACGGAGGGAGCUGAGCUGGUGGAUGCCGUCCUGGAUGUGGUGAGGAAGGAGUCGGAGAACUGUGACUGUCUCCAGGGCUUUCAGCUCACUCACUCCCUGGGUGGAGGCACAGGUUCAGGGAUGGGCACGUUGCUCAUCAGCAAGAUCCGAGAGGAGUACCCUGAUCGCAUCAUGAACACCUUUAGCGUCAUGCCUUCCCCGAAAGUCUCUGACACUGUGGUGGAACCUUACAACGCCACACUGUCUGUGCACCAGCUGGUGGAAAACACUGAUGAGACCUUCUGCAUUGACAAUGAGGCUCUGUACGAUAUCUGCUUCCGCACAUUGAAGCUGACCACACCAACCUAUGGAGACCUCAACCACCUGGUGUCAGCCACCAUGAGCGGGGUCACCACGUGUCUCCGCUUCCCUGGCCAACUCAAUGCCGACCUCCGGAAGCUGGCUGUCAACAUGGUGCCCUUCCCUCGUUUGCAUUUCUUCAUGCCGGGCUUUGCUCCCCUCACAAGCAGGGGCAGCCAGCAGUACCGCGCCCUCUCUGUUCCCGAGCUCACACAGCAGAUGUUUGAUGCCAAAAACAUGAUGGCAGCAUGCGACCCCCGUCACGGCCGCUACCUCACAGUGGCAGCUAUCUUUCGCGGCCGCAUGUCCAUGAGGGAGGUGGAUGAGCAGAUGCUGAAUGUGCAGAACAAGAACAGCAGCUAUUUUGUGGAGUGGAUCCCCAACAACGUCAAGACCGCCGUUUGCGACAUCCCUCCUCGAGGCCUCAAGAUGUCUGCCACCUUCAUCGGCAACAGCACCGCCAUCCAGGAGCUGUUCAGGAGGAUCUCUGAGCAGUUCACCGCCAUGUUUCGUCGCAAGGCCUUCCUGCACUGGUACACUGGAGAGGGAAUGGAUGAGAUGGAGUUCACCGAGGCGGAAAGCAACAUGAACGACCUGGUGUCCGAGUACCAGCAGUACCAAGAUGCCACUGCGGACGAAAUUGGCGAAUACGAAGAAGACGAAAUAGAAGAUGAAGACGAAGUCCACCACGAUCCUCGCCACUGAUCUAAAACUGCUUUCAUGACUUUGAAGUAGUUCCAGAUUACAUGUGAGGAAUGCCAGAAAUCCAGGUGUUUGCCAAACAUUGCAUUGUGAAGAUAGUUCUGAGAUAUUCUUUAGCAGAAACAGUGCUUCAUGUAGAAAUAGCUUCAACUGACAAGUCUUGCAACCGCAAUUACAGCAGAAAAAUAUUCAAUUUUCUUUUUCUUAGUCAUGAUUUGCCAGCUUCAGAAAAAAGUACAAUCUUGUCCUUGACACAGUUUUGUAACACCGUGCACCGAUGGUCUGUAGUCCAAAAUAAAUAAACUGAACAGCGCAAAGUU